AUGGCCCCAAGGCUGGAUGACCCGGACGGGCUUGUCAAUCUGCACAACCUCGCUCAAGAGGUAAAGAAGAUUGCAACCGGUGACAAGUCGGUUCCGAUUGUCUUUGGCUGGGGCGCCCCGUUGUUCGGUGCCAUUAACUACUUUGGCGGCGAGAUCGACAUCGCGACCCUUUUGGCCAAUGAAGGAUACACAGUCAUUGUUGCUUCGAUUGCUCCAAUUUCCAGCAACUAUGAACGUGCUUGUGAGCUGUACAGGCAGCUUACUUUUGGGCAAUUCAGCACCAUCGACUUGACGACGAAUUCCCUUGAUGAGCAAUACGACGUAGAUGUUGAUUACGGUAAUUAUUUUGCUCCGAAUAGCGGCCCGGAGCAAACCCACACCACCGGCAGAAGACGGGCAAUCCUGUAUUCAAACUCGCCGGGCUAUAGCAAUUGGAAAUGGGACAGGAACAAUAAAGUUCACUUUGUCUGCCAUUCUCAGGGGGGAAACACUGUGCGCUGUCUCAUUUCCAUGAUGGCUAAUGGCGACGGGACUUUGAAUCCCACAUACUUUAACGAGGCUGGGAGAGAUGACUGGGCCAUCUCAGUCACGACACUCGGGACCCCUCACAGAGGAACGACCAUCAUAGACGUUAUUGAGAGUUUUAUUAACCGCCAAAUGGGAGAUGCAGUCGGACUGGUCGCAAGGCUUUUCGCUACAGCCUCCUUCUAUCCUCCAGAUAAGAGAUCCUUUGAUCUUCAGCUUGAUCACUGGGGCAUCUGCAGAAAUACGGGAGAAACGUUCCAGAAAAUGCUCGAACGUCUGGAGUCACCCAACGGCCCCGUGUGGAGAUGGCUCAAUUCCAAGAAGAAUGGCUUUUACGACAACAGUAUCGAGGGCGUUCAUACUCUCUCCCAAAGUACAAUCAAAACUUCAACAAAGGUCUUCUAUUUCAGCCUAUCGUUUCAUGCAACAGAGCCUUUCCCCACGAGUUGGCCAGCGUGGGGCAAGGACGCAUUUAGAAGCUUCCCCUUUAGUUUGAAGCUCUUCGUGCAGAGUGUGGUGGGAGGCAUCCCAAUCCUCGGGCAGCUAACGGACCAUAUAAUCAACGCAUUCUCAAACGUUGGAUGGCCAAUUCUCACAACUCUAGCUAAAUUUUCCGAUCUCGUCAAAUGGGUCACUCAGGCAUUAAUCACUCGGAUUCUCCAAGAAUCUGGAUACAACCUAGUGCUUCCCAGCCCCGGACAGUACAUCCCGCGAAAGGACGUCAUACCAAUCAUGAUGUCGACGGUCUACGCAAUGGGUGGCCAGCAGCUUACAGACGCGCAAAAGGUUAUCUUGGGACCCGACCUGGAAGAUUGGUUCCAGAAUGAUGGGGUCGUCAACACUCCAUCCAUGCCCGGUCCACGCGGCUGCGUCCAAAGCGUCGGCUCCCUCACGGAUUUCGACUUUAGUGUCCCUGGAAGGCGGGGGAUCUACUGGCAUUUGGGUGUCAACGAUAGAAUGGAUCACGCCGAUGAGAUUGGAGUUUUUAUUGAGCGAGAUACGGCGGAUCUCAUGCAAGGCAUGUACCUUGAUAUUGCGGAUUUGAUCUCACGGCUGCCCAAACACGUGGACGCGCAAAGGUAG